AUGCGAUUAUCCGUUCUGCUUCUGACAGUUUACAUUUCUCAAAUUUUUGUCACAAUGGCCAUCCACAUCAAAGACUCCGACGACCUGAAGGCGAGGCUCGCCGAAGCCGGCGACAAGCUGGUGGUGAUCGAUUUCAUGGCGACCUGGUGCGGACCCUGCAAGGUCAUCGGCCCCAAGCUAGAGGAGAUCGCCAAUGAAAUGGCUGACUCGAUCGUCGUUGUUAAGAUUGACGUCGACGAGUGCGAAGACAUCGCCACUGAGUACAACAUCAACUCUAUGCCCACCUUCGUCUUCGUGAAGAACUCGAAGAAACUGGAGGAGUUCUCCGGCGCAAACGCCGACAAACUGCGAAACACCAUUCUUAAGCUUAAGUAA